AUGUUUGCUGAAGCUUUCAGGGCAUUUAAUAUAGCUGAACACAUGCUUGAUCACUUAGUUUCUCCUCUGAUAAGCUAUUCCGAUGAUGUCGUGCAACUUUUAGGGAGCGUGCAUUUACCCUUCACCAUCAGUACAAACGCUUACAUAUCCACUAUCACCACUAACUUCCUGGUGGUUGACUGCCUAACAGCAUACAAUGUCAUCUUUGGGUGCACAGACAUCAAUGGUCUCGAGGCCAUGGUAUCCACACAUAUGUUGUUGAUGAAAUUUCCAACCCUCUAUGGCAACGGUUACAUCAAAGGAUAUCAACUUAGUGCACGAUCAUGUUACAACACUUCAGUCAAGCAACAACACUUGCUUGUGCCCAAAGAAACACUUUUUAUACAUGACCAAGUUAUAAAGACCAGCUUGAACAAAGCCAACUUGGAUCUUCACGGUGGUAACAGUCAACCCGACGAUCCUCGAGAUGAUUCUUUCACCCAGCAAGCACAACCUGCUGAAGAGUUGGAGAAAAACACUGAAGUCUUCGCCUGGUCAUACGAAGACAUGCCAGACAUCUCUCCUGAUAUCAUUUAUCAUCAUUUGAGUAUUGAUCCCAAGACCAAGCCGGUGAGACAGAAGCAAAGAUCUUAUGAUGCUGAACGAUACGAGGCAAUAAAGGCAGAAAUUGAAAAACUCAAAAGCAUAGGCUUCGUCCGUGAAGUCAAUUAUCCAAUGUGGGUAGCAAAUGUGGUCCUUGUUAAGAAAAAUCCGACCAAAGAAAGUCUCUUACUUCAAAAGAUCUUGUGGAGAAUGUGUGUUAACUACAUCGACUUAAGCAAAAGAUGCCCGAAGGAUAACUUUCCCCUUUCUCUCAUUGAUAGACUUAUAGACUCUACAGCAGGGUGUGAACUCUUGAGCUUCAUGGAUGCUUACUCAGGGUACAACCAAAUCCUCAUGAACCUUUCGGACCAAGAACACACGGCAUUCACUACUGACAGAUGA